GAGAAAGAAAAAAGAGAAGGAAAGAGGGAGAGAAGGUGAGGAAGAGAGGUGGCUGUGCGGAGCCUGGGGGGGGGAGGUAGUGAGGGGGGAGAGACAAAGAAAGGGGGAGGAGAGAGUGGCGAGGAAAGAAUGAGUGGGAGAGGGAGAGAGACAGAGAAAGAGGAGGGGAGAGAGAGCGAGUGAGAGAGGGGGCUGAGAGAGAGUGAGUAAGUGAGAGAGAGAGGGGGGAGGACACAGAGAGAGGCUCCAUCUCUCGCCGUCACCGUCCUAGUCUCCCAGCCCGUCGGUGUUGAAUCCAUGUCGGAGUAACGGCUCCUCUAACGGGAGGUGCGCGGAGGAGAAGCGGGCUUCGAACUUCACACGCACGGACGCGCGGACAGACCUAUGCUCGGAUCUCGGCUCCUCUCGCCUUCGCCAAUGCUAAAGGAAAUAUGCAGCGGAGCCUCGGUUUCCUCUACACCAGUUUACUGGGGCUGUGCUUGGGUUCAAGCGCAAGUUUCCCAAGUAACAUUAAUAUAGGAGGACUCUUCCCCACCGAAUCGCACGAAUAUGAGGUUUUCCGGUUCGCCCUGUCGCACCACCAGGACAUCCCCAAACUGGUGCCGCAGGUGGACAUGGUCAAGAUGGGCAACAGCUUCUCCAUGACGUACGCCUUUUGCUCCCAGUUCUCCAAAGGAGUGUACGCCAUCAUCGGCGUGUACGACAGGAAGACCGUCAACAUGCUGAUGUCCUUCUGCGGCGCGCUGCACGUGUGCUUUGUCACGCCGUCGUUCCCCAUCGAGAACGCCAACCAGUUUGUCAUACAGCUGAGGCCGGAGCUCCAGGACGCCCUGGUGGGCGUGAUCGAGCACUACGGCUGGACCAAGUUUGUCUACAUGUACAGCUCAGACUCAGGACUUAUUGUGCUGCAGAAGGUUCUGGACACGGCAGCAGAGAGGAACUGGCUGGUGACCUCAGUUAAUGUGGAGACCAUGACAGAAGCCUCGUUUCUGAAGGUGUUCCAGGAUCUGGACAAGAGAAAGGAGGGUCAGAUCAUCAUCGACUGUGAGACGGAGAGACUCACUGGCAUUCUCAAAAAGAUUGUUGAACAGGGCAAGAACGCCAAGAGCUACCACUACAUUCUGGCCAACCUGGGUUUUCUGGACAUCGACCUGACGGACCUGAGGAAAGGUGGAGCAAACAUAACGGGCUUCCAGCUGGUCAACAACUCGGACCCCGGCGUCAGCCGAGUCGUCCAGCAGUGGAUGGAGUUUGACAAUAAAGACAACAAGAUUCCAAAGAACGGACUCAAAUACACUGGCGCUCUGACAUACGACGGGGUCAAAGUCAUGUCCUUGGCCUUCCAGAGUUUGAGGAGACAGAGAAUAGACAUUUCUCGCAGAGGCAACGCUGGGGAGUGUCUUGCCAACCCCCCCGCCCCCUGGGGCCAAGGCAUAGACAUCCAGAGAGCCCUGCAGCAGGUCCUGAUCGAUGGACUGACUGGUCACAUACAGUUCAACGAGAAAGGUCGGAGAACGAACUACACCGUGAGCGUCAUGGAACUGGCCCCAUCUGGACCCAAGAAGGUCGGCUACUGGAAUGAAGAUGAGAAGUACGUCACCACUGCCAGCUUCAUGAGAGGCAGCAACGACACCUACGGCCUGCAGAACAGAACCUACAUCGUCACCACCAUCCUGGAGUCUCCCUACGUGAUGCUGAAGAAAAACCACGAGCAGUUUGUGGGAAACGAUAAGUACGAAGGCUACAUCGUGGAGCUGGCUGCAGAGAUCGCCAAACACGUGGGCUACCAGUACAAACUGAAGAUCGUUUCAGACGGGAAGUACGGCGCCAAAGACACCGAGACCAAGAUGUGGAACGGCAUGGUGGGAGAACUGGUGUACGGGAAAGCCGACGUAGCUGUGGCUCCGUUGACCAUCACUCUGGUCCGUGAGGAAGUCAUCGACUUCUCCAAGCCCUUCAUGUCUCUGGGCAUCUCCAUCAUGAUCAAGAAACCCACCAAGUCCAAGCCCGGCGUCUUCUCCUUCCUGGACCCGCUGGCCUACGAGAUCUGGAUGUGCAUCGUGUUCGCCUACAUCGGCGUCAGCGUGGUGCUGUUCCUGGUCAGCAGGUUCAGUCCGUACGAGUGGCACUCGGAGGACUACGAGGAAGGGGCGGAGCCGCAGAGUCCCACGCAAGCCGCGGCCUCCAACGGCGUCCAGCAGAGCCAGAGUCCGGCUCAGCAGAACCAGAACCAACAGACCCCCGAGCAGACCAACGAGUUUGGGAUCUUCAACUCCCUCUGGUUCUCACUGGGCGCCUUCAUGCAGCAGGGAUGUGACAUCUCCCCACGCUCUCUGUCGGGCCGCAUCGUUGGAGGGGUGUGGUGGUUCUUCACCCUCAUCAUCAUCUCCUCCUACACUGCCAACCUGGCUGCCUUCCUGACGGUGGAGAGGAUGGUGUCUCCUAUAGAGAGCGCCGAGGACCUGGCCAAGCAGACGGAGAUCGCGUACGGAACCCUGGACGCAGGCUCAACCAAAGAGUUCUUCAGGAGGUCAAAGAUUGCUGUGUUUGAGAAAAUGUGGUCGUACAUGAAGGCGGCGGACCCGUCUGUGUUUGUGAAAACCACCGACGAGGGCGUGAUGAGGGUCAGGAAGUCCAAGGGCAAGUACGCCUACCUGCUGGAGUCCACCAUGAACGAGUACAUCGAGCAGAGGAAGCCCUGCGACACCAUGAAGGUGGGCGGGAACCUGGACUCCAAAGGCUACGGCAUCGCCACGCCCAAGGGCUCCCCCCUCAGUUUUCAUUCAUCUCCACCUCCUCAUGUCCAUCAUCAGUGAAGACCUUUGUUUGUCCAUCAACAUGUAUGUAUGAAUUCAUUCUCUUAUAUUUGAGAGGUGAGCAUUGGCACAAGUGGGAGGACACACACACACACACACACACACACACACAGAUGUGUGCACCUAAUGUGGCCAAUAAAUUCACAUCUUACACCAGAAGUAGAUCGCCUGUGCCCCCCCCCCCCCCCCCCUGGUGCCGGUGCUCACACCUUUACGGUGAAGUCAGCAGAUGUGAGUUCCUGUUUGAAGUUUGAAGCUGUGAUGAUGGAUGUGGGGAAUAAAACGGCCGGUGCUCUGGUGCUGCUGACGUCCAGGAGCAGCAGCUGUCGUCUCCCAUUACAUUAGCAUCAUAACCAAGAGGACCAUUCAAAUCUGAAAGUAUGGGGGAGGGGAGGAGGUGUGGGGGGGUCAAGCUGGUGGCAUCUGAAGCAUUUAAUCCACCUCUAAUAGGCCUCAUUCAUCCUCAUGAAUGGAGCCAUCUGAGGAGAUUUCAUUCCCUCAGCGUUCCAGCCGGGUCCACAGCCAAAGGUCAUGACUGGGUGACACGAACCCUUUCCUGUGUUUGCUCAGAGGCUUCUUAUAAAUUUUUAUACAAAUUGGACUUGGUGCAGAGAGAGAGAGUAAGUGAGAGAGAGUGAGUGAGUGCUGCAUUAGCACUGAGAGCAGUGAUGACAUGAAUCUGCUCCAGGGUCGUGGAGGGAUGAGAGAUCAAACUUUAACUCCACUUUAAUCCCUGUUAAAUAUCAACUAUGUAAAAGUGAUAAUAUUAAACUGGUCCUGGACCAGCACUUGGUCCUCUGACCAGCACUUGGUCCUGGACGACUGGGUUAAUCAACACUAAACAACU